CAUUAGAGGAAGUAGAUGGUGAAGAAGACGAUGUUUGCAAAUGCAAAUGGGAUACAUGUGAAAUGGAAUUCGAUACUGCUUCUGAAUUGGUUGCUCAUGUCAAUGACCACAUGGGCAGUGGUAAAGCUUCUUAUAUUUGCCAAUGGCGUAACUGCACUCGUUUACAAAAACCAUUCACCAAACGACACAAGGUUCAAAAUCAUGUUCGCAUCCACACCAAAGAGCGACCAUAUAUUUGCACGAUGGAGGACUGUGGCAAGACAUUUUCUAGACUGGAUGGUUUAAACACUCAUAUUCGGACCCAUUCAAGUGUUAAACCGUAUAUAUGUGAGACACCUGGCUGUGGAAAAGCGUACUUUCAUUCGCGAUCCUUGCGCAAACACGAGCGUAUUCAUAUGGAAUUGGAUGAGACACCGCUUACUGAUGCAGUGUCUCAGAAACAACACAUGACACAGAAUGAUCCAUACCAACACAUGCAUCAUGCUCAGUAUCCAUUUGUUGCAACAAUGAACAUGUCUCACUCUGGAACCACCAGUCCUAAAAGCAUGGCUCACAUCUCGCAUCCCACCAAACCUACUGGAACCCUCAAUACGAAUGGCUCCAUGCAGUAUCAGCAAGGGCAAUCCAUGCUUCCCAAUUAUAGUGUCGAAGGGGUUUCUAGUGGUGCCAACUCUACUCUGUCUUCCAUCAAUGCUAAUGCUUCCGGGAACAUGUCAGAUAUAUCUAGACAGUACCAGAUUCAGCACGAUCCCAUGCAGUCGAAACAGUUUGAUCUUAUGUCUCAGCAAUCUGGCUCAACCAUCUCGCUUCCCGAUUAUACUCAGGGGAUGUACCAAGCCAUCCAGUCGCAGCCCUACCGUCAGUCCUAUCAGCAGCAUCAGCAGAUGCUACUGCAACAUCAGCAACUGCAGCAGUUGCAGCAGCUUCAACAACAAUCCUUCAAUUCUCAGUCGUUUCCUCAACUAUCAAUGCAAAACCCUUCUGAAGCUUACAAAAUAGAUUUGAUUUCUCAGGGCUCUGUAUCGGGUGUGGAACAGACCAAGGAUUAUGCCAGCAAUGGAUCUGCUUUGCUCUACACACCAUGGGUGGUUACACCAUCAACCGAUUUGUGAUAUCUGUUUAAAGUGUCAUGUAUGCUAUAUUACCAUUGAUUUUUAGUUCUGAUUGUCCUACUUUUCCAUUAUACCUAUUUUGUCCUGUUUCAACUUUCAAUCCUGGCCUGGUGCCAUUGAUAUGCCUUACUACUUUACUCACUCUACGUUGAGCUUUUUUGGUAUAUGCGGCUUAAAUAUGUGGAAUGAUUGAGGAACGCCUGGUGCGUUGUUUCGUUUUAUCCCGCCUGCUUAUGCAUUCAAUCAGAUGAGUACUGCAUGGGUAAAGUGGUGAAAGUGUAGCAGGCUCCAAAAUACAUUCUCAAAGGAAAAUAAACUUUUAGUUUUAU